AUGAAGUACACAGUCGCCGUCGUGUUCGCCACACUCUUGGCCGUCGUCCUGGCCGUGCCAGUCGACAACAGCCAGACAGCAUCCAUCCUGCGCCUGGAGUCCAAUGUGCACGAAUCAGGAUACAACUUUGGUUGGGAAACUACCGAUGGCCAGAAGCAUGAGGAGGAGGGCAAGCUGACAAAUCCUGGAGCUGAGAACGAGGCGAUUGCUGUGCGCGGCUCCUUCUCCUUUGUCGCUGAUGAUGGACAGACCUACACCGUCAACUAUGUGGCUGAUGAGAAUGGCUUCCAGCCUGAGGGUGCUCAUUUGCCAAAUGUGCCCAUUGGCAUCCAUGCUUAA